UCUCUUUCAAUCUCCCUCCGUGCUUGGCCACCUAAAAAAAAAAAAAAAAUUUCUCUCCCUCUGCAAAUCAGAGGGAUUUGAAUUUGGAACUGUAAUGGGGAAGAAGGAGAAGAGCCUGACGAGGGAUUCUCAGGACCAUGGCUGCUACAACUACAAAAUGUUCAACUUCUUCAAUCGGAAGUUCAAGAUCAACGAGGUGGAGCCACCCGACGACGUCAGAGCGGCGUUCGCGGAGUACGCCGGGGACGGCUCUCACAUGUCCGCCGAUCAGUUACGUCGGUUCUUAGCAGAGCAGCAGGGAGAUGUGGAUUGCACCGUGUCCGACGCGGAGCGGAUUAUUGAGCAGGUCGUUCAUCGGAGGCACCCCGUCACCAGGUAUGCGCGCCACGGCCUCAGUAUCGAUGAUUUCUUCCACUUCCUCUUCUAUGACGAUCUCAAUAGCCCCAUCACAACGAAGGUACACCAGGACAUGACUGCUCCAUUGUCACAUUAUUUCAUAUAUACAGGGCACAAUUCCUAUCUAACUGGGAAUCAACUCAGCAGUGAUUGUAGCGAGGUGCCAAUUGUCAAGGCUUUAGAAAGGGGUGUGAGAGUAAUUGAACUUGAUUUAUGGCCAAGUUCCACAAAAGAUGAAAUUCUUGUUCUUCAUGGAAGGACCCUGACCACUCCUGUAUCACUUAUAAAGUGUUUGAAGUCCAUAAAAGAGUAUGCCUUUGCUAGUUCUCCUUAUCCUGUAAUCAUAACAUUAGAAGACCAUCUUACCGCAGACCUUCAGGCCAAAGUUGCAGAAAUGGUGACUCAAACAUUUGAAGAUAUGCUCUACUAUCCUGAAUCAGAAUGCUUAGCCGAAUUUCCUUCACCAGAAUCAUUGAAAAAUCGAAUAAUUAUCUCAACCAAGCCACCGAAAGAGUAUCUUGAGGGUAGGGGGGAAGAAGCAUUCGGAAUGGAGACACCAGACAACACAGCUGAACAAGAAUCUGAUUACAGGAGUGAUAGUGAUCAUGAGGAUGAAGACUUCAAUGAAUGUGAUCGCAAAUCAGGUCAAAUUGGAUCACCUGAAUACAAACGUCUAAUAACCAUUCAUGCUGGGAAGCCAAAAGGUGCCUUGAAGGAUUCAUUACAAGUUGCAGUUGAUAAGGUUAGGCGUCUUAGUUUGAGUGAACAGGAACUUGAAAAGGCUGCAGCAUCUCACGGAACUCAUGUUGUAAGCUUUACCCAGAGAAACAUCAUGAGGAUAUACCCUAAGGGUACACGGUUUGACUCAUCAAACUACGAUCCGAUUAUUGGGUGGAUGCAUGGAGCUCAGAUGAUUGCAUUUAACAUGCAGGGAUAUGGAAAAUCUCUCUUGUUGAUGCAUGGCAUGUUUAGAGCCAAUGGAGGGUGUGGUUAUGUGAGAAAACCUGACCUUUUAAUGCAGAAAGGUCCACAGAAUGAAGUAUUCGAUCCUAAAAAGGCAAUGCCAGUACGGAAAACAUUGAAGGUGAAAAUAUAUAUGGGGGAUGGAUGGCGUUUGGACUUUAGUCACACGCACUUUGACACAUACUCUCCACCAGAUUUCUACACAAAGGUUUAUAUUCUUGGAGUGCCAGCAGAUAAUGCCAAGAAGAAAACAAAAAUAAUCGAGGAUGAUUGGUCUCCUGUAUGGAAUGAAGAAUUUGUAUUUUCCCUGACCGUUCCAGAACUGGCUCUGAUCAGGAUUGAAGUACGAGAAUAUGACAUGUCCGAGAAGGAUGACUUUGGUGGGCAAACAUGUUUGCCAGUCAUGGAGUUGAAGCCUGGGAUACGGUCAGUCCCACUGUAUGACAAAAAGGGUGAGAAACUCAAAAAUGCUAGGCUUUUAAUAAGGUUUCAGCAUGAAUAGAUUCCAUAAAGUAGUGUUCACCCGGCGUGUAUAUGUUCUUCCCCUUGAACACCUCACAUACAAUAUCUGCACGAAAUAUAACAGUAUAUAACACAUUGUAAUUAGUUGAUACAACUUUGAUACUAGUGAUUCCAGGUGAACGUAAACCUUCUCUAUAGAAGUUGUGUGAUUAAAGAAAGAUCCAUUAAUAUC